UAAGCGCGUAUAUAUUUGUAGGCGCAGAUCAGAGCGGAAACAUGCCUCUUCGUCUGAAUAACGUCUAUUUGACGAGUCGUUUCGCCAGCUUCGAGACCUGCAGAACUCCGCUGGACAGAGCUCGAAUAAAGCUCAGGGCCAGCGGCGAGACCUUGAAGAAGUGCCAGAGCGAGGUUUCAGCCUACUCCACUUGUGUAUCGUCCAAGCCACAUCUCACUCAGCGUAAUACAGUUCAAGAUCAGAAAAACAUCAUUAUCAUAAUUUUGUACGUAACAGACCGGAGAACACACUAAAUUAUCAUAAUCAUCCACAACGUCACCAUACACACAACAUUACUCAGAGAACUCGGUGUAUAAUUUUCACACGGUCGAGUUAGAUGUCUCACUAAUUUCGCCGCUCUCUCUUGCAAGGGUUGUAGAUGAUGUGGCCCUCCCUGAAAUGCUCCUCAAUCUCGUCCAGUUUCCGACCCUUUGUCUCGGGGAGGAAGAACAACACGAAGAAAAUGCUCACGAGCAUCACGAGCGAGAACGACCACCACGCAAACUUUGGCGUCACCAGUCCAGUGUAGCCGGAAAAUGCCAGGGUGAUGAUAAACGCAAAAGUCCAAUUGACAAAGGUGCUGACGGCACCCGCGAGGCCACGGACCUGUAGCGGUAAUAGUUCCGACAUCAUUGACCAGGUGAUGGGACCCCAACCGAGGGAGAAGGAAAUGAUGAACACUACCACGCAGGCAAUGGCGAGACCUCCAAAGUUGGUAUGGUGGCAGACACUCAGUGCAAUACCCGAGCCUUCCCCGUUUCCAAGUUCACUCUCGCAGUAGUGAUUGAAGAUGAGGAAAUAGACGCCGAGACCGGCACUGCUAAUGAACAUGCCGCUGCUACUAAGAGUGAGUAGGAUCUUCCGUC